GGUGAGGGUGGAGUACAAAGCCGGAAGUACAGGACGGAUGACUGUUUCGCUUCGCUGUUUCAGGCUCGAGUAGGAGCGGGUGGUUUUUCAGGAGGGAAACUUUACAAGGUUUAACAGGACUCGAACACGAUUAAUUCAUUUCGCUUAAUUACCAGACCAAGUGCGGCCGUACUGAGAGGAGUCCACACAUCAUGUCAGGCAUUGCAUUGAGCCGACUCGCUCAGGAGCGCAAGGCAUGGCGGAAGGACCAUCCUUUUGGAUUUGUAGCUGUACCGACAAAAAACCCAGACGGCACCAUGUAUCUCAUGAAUUGGGAAUGUGCUAUUCCCGGCAAGAAAGGGACCCCGUGGGAAGGAGGGCUGUUCAAACUGCGUAUGUUGUUCAAGGACGACUAUCCCUCCUCACCUCCAAAGUGUAAAUUUGAGCCUCCGCUCUUCCAUCCAAAUGUGUAUCCAUCAGGCACAGUAUGCCUAUCUAUUCUAGAGGAAGACAAGGACUGGAGACCGGCCAUCACAAUAAAGCAGAUCUUAUUAGGUAUCCAGGAACUUCUAAAUGAGCCAAAUAUCCAGGAUCCAGCCCAAGCAGAGGCGUACACAAUCUACUGCCAAAACAGAGUAGAAUAUGAAAAAAGAGUUCGAGCACAAGCCAAAAAAUUCUCCCCCUUGUAAUGGGCGAAGACUCGGCAGAAGGAAUGGGUUUAACAAGAAGCACCUCCCCGCUCGGUCUCUCAAUGAAUGUGCUCCUCUUACAUCGGGACUUGCUUAAAGACUUCUAUUUAAACUCCACACAUUCUAUGCCAUCCGUUCUCCUCAUCUAUCCAUUUUUUGUUAAUUGCCGGUUGGCACAUAAUGCCAGGAGAGGAAGGGUGCUUCAGCACCCUGCUCAUUUCUUUUUAAACAUAGUUGUCUUAUGUGGUUCAAGGGACACAGCUUCAGUUUCAUCAACUCCAUGCAAGCGGGCUGUCAUCCAUGUUCAUGGAAGGAAAUAUCCUUGUUUUUAUUUUUGUUUCACAGGGUCUCUUCCUUUUUUUUUUUUUUUUUUUUUUUGCUUCCCUCUUUAUUUUCCAUAAAUUUAAUGUAAAAUUAGCUUAUUUCAUUGUCAGUAUUUGAACUGCUGUAUAAUGAAUGGCACUUUUAUACUGUUGUAUUUCACUAGUGUCUCCUAGAUGGUUCUGUCUCCUUUCUUUUUCUUUUUUUCCCCCCCAGGUUUUCUAUUCAGCAUGCUGUAAUAUAAGAUAGAAUCUGCUGCCUUGGCUGUCUUUUUGUUAUUCAAAGUGUUUGCUAUGGAAUAAAUAAAAAUGGCCACAGUGACUGAGGCAGGUAGGCUUACUUCUGUAUCAGACUUUAAAGUUAUAUGGUGCUUUGUUCAUGUAUGUGUCAGCUUAAUAAAACUUUCUACAAAA